GCUUUCUAUUGUGAUCAGACGUGUUCAAGAAAGAUUUUUUUUUAAAGAGCGUGGUUUCGGUUUUCGAUCAUUUCGUUUUUCGAACAGCCUUCUGGAACGGAUUAUGGGAUUAUUUUUUUUUUACAAUAAAUCCAUUCACCAGAUGAUGGCUUAUCGUUUUAAUUCUAAAAAAUAAGCACAGAACAAUUGACAAGCAACAUAGUUAUUGAGCGUUACAUUAAUCUCUUUCAAAAUAAAAGGGAACUUUUUCCACGAGCGUAGUCUUUUAUUGUGAAGGUCGACGGGUCGCACUGACGCUUCCUGGAGACAAAAGACAAACAUCUAGCUAGCAGCUAGCUGAGUGCGUCGCCAAAAGUGGUCGUCGAGACGAUUAAAAGGUCCAACAGAGCGGAGCCGCCGACUGCUCUUCAUGCUGGCGACUUGCUGGAAUCACUCCAGAAACUUGUCGGCACUGGUACGCCGUCCCCAUGGCAACGGAAGACUUCUACGAGGUGGAGCGGAUCGUGGAUAAGCGGAAGAACCGGAAGGGGCGGACGGAGUACCUGGUCCGCUGGCGAGGCUACGGCUGCGAAGGCGACACGUGGGAGCCUGAGGUUCAUCUGACUACAUGUAUGCCGUAUGUGCACGACUUCAACCGGCAGUACGCCCAGCGCCACAGAGACGCCACCCUGCUGCGCUCCACCCGUAGCUACCUGUGCGCUACCCCCCAUGGGAACCCCUGCAGCCCACCUGGUCAUGUCGGGCGACUUCUGCCCAUCCUGGACCCUCCGCCUCCUCUGUCGCCCGGCGAACUCAAGGGCCAGUCGCACUCCUCAGUGAGUGUCAUGCAAGGACCUCCAAAGUUGGUGCCCCCGUCAUUGGUGCCCUCAAUGCCGGCGCCCCUGGUGGGCCCACCCCGCCGCAGCUUGGACUUGUCCAAAAGCGGGAUAAAGAUCCUGGUGCCCAGAAGCCCCAUGAACAGCCUACUGGACGCUGAAGAGUCGCCCAGCGAGGCGGCACCCAGCGAGGCGACACGCAACACGGAUGCCGGCGCCCGCGAUGCCCACGAUGUCCCCCCUGAGGUGGCCCUGGAGCAACCGGCCGGCGUGCAGCUGGCUCCAGGAGAGCUGCGCGCCCGCAUGGGGAUCAGGUCGCGGGGCAACAACGCCCGGCCCGUGAUGCAAGCCCUCAAUGGAUCAGGCGCUCCGGGGACCAUGGAGGACCUCGGUACGGGCGGGACCUCUGCACUUACUGUGACCUCGGGUGCCCCGACCAAGCGGCGUCCGGAGGAGCGAGGGGCAUUCGACAAACGCUUGCGUUUCAGCGUGCGACAGACGGAGAGCGCCUACCGCUACCGCGAUAUCGUGGUCAAGAAACAAGACGGCUUCACGCACAUCCUGCUGUCCACCAAGAGCUCGGAAAACAACGCGCUCAACCCCGAGGUGAUGAAGGAGAUCCAGAGCGCCAUGGCGACGGCGGCGUCCGACGACAGCAAGUUGGUACUCCUGGGAGCUGUGGGCGGCGUCUUCUGCUGCGGCCUGGACUUGGUCCACUUGGUCCGACGCCUCACAGAUGACAGGAAGAAGGAAAGCGUUAAGAUGGCCGAAACCAUCAGGACGUUCGUCAACACGUUCAUCCAGUUCCGCAAGCCCAUUGUGGCCGCCGUCAACGGGCCGGCGCUGGGCCUGGGCGCCGCCAUCUUGCCACUGUGCGACGUGGUGUGGGCCAAUGAGAAGGCUUGGUUCCAGACGCCCUACGCCGCGUACGGGCAGACUCCCGACGCUUGCUCCUCCUUCACCUUCCCCCGCAUCAUGGGCCCCCCCUCGGCCAACGAGCUGCUCCUGAGUGGCAGGAAGUUGACGGCGCAGGAGGCGUGUUCCAAAGGUUUGGUCUCGCAGGUCCUCUGGCCGGGAACCUUCACGCAGGAAGUGAUGCUGCGUAUCAAAGAACUGGUCGCCGUCGACUCUCUCGUCCUGCGGGAGUCCAAAGCUUUGAUGAGGAACUCCAGCCGAAGUUCUCUGGAGCAAACCAACGAGCGCGAGUGUGAAGCCUUGAAGAGAAUUUGGGGCUCAUCGCAGGGAACCGACGCCAUUUUGCAGCACCUGCACAGAAGCAAAGAGCUCUACUAGGACCUGCACCAGGACCUGUUUGUGCUUCUAUGACUGGACUGGACUAAAUGUUUGAGUGCAAAUGUAAAGUAAGUUAUGAGUCAUGUUUUGAUCGAUGAACGUUUUGGCUCAACGAUGCGCUCAGCUGAACUUUCCCGACAGGGAGUCUGACUCCAUGUUUGGAUGCGUCUUGAUUGAUGCGAAACUAAGCUAGGACAGCCUCUAUCAAUGCCACAUCCUUGCGAAUGACACAUUUGUACCUUUUCUACAUUGGCAAGUAAACGGGGAGAAGAGCA